UAUCCGGAGGAGGAAGAAAGCCAGUUUAUAGUUCGAAACUAACUCAUCUUAAAAUAACACACUACCAGCUUUCAAGGCUCCGGCAACUUGAUCUUAGCUGUUGUGAAAUUACCGAUAUAAUUAUCGAAGAAAUUGCUAGAUCAUCCCUUAAUUUAAAAUAUCUUAAUCUGAGAAGGUGUUAUAAAAUUAGCAAAGAGGCUGUAGAUCAGGUCGUUUCACUUAAUCCCAAAAUCAAUAUCGUGAAUUUUGUGGAUACUAUAAUACCUCCUGAUUUUAUUAGCGCAUUUAGUGAUUUUCUUGGUCAACAUGCUAAUAAUCAGAAUUCAGUUCUAUCUCAGAUAUACUGGCAACCUAAUUCCACCUUAAU